AUGCCGUUAGUCAUAGCCCUCCCCCAUCAUCGCGCAGCCCCCCGUGUCCCUUCACGCCGGUCGCUUUCGCGCCGCAGCACUCGGUCUGGUCGCGCGCAGUCCCAGUCCUCGCGCGCGACUUCUCAUGUGUCCCGCUCCACCGUCCCCUCUACUGUUUCCAUUGAGACUUCACCAUCUCGCGAUGCAAAGGGCGACACUGACAUCACCAUCAGACUCAGGAAAGGAAUCACUGUCAACAACCACACGGGCGCCGAGUACUACAGCGACGAAGACUCAUCUGGUGUCCAGGUUCUGUCUGGAAGCCAGGAAGAGUACUCCUCCUCCGAAGAAACUGACGAAGAAGACUACGAGGACGAGGACGACAGCCAAGAAGGGUGGGAUCUCAUCGACAACCAGGAGAUCCAGCCAUCCGACUCUGCCUCACGCCCCCACGUGAAGCGCCAUACCAUUCGCGCCCCUUCUGUCCCCCCAACCCGCCAUCUCGCCACAGGAGCCGAAGCCGAACCACACUGGAGCGCGAACAUCAAGGGCCGCGGCGGCGUAGGCGCCAGUCCACCCACCAGGAUAGCCUCGAAGACCCGGACGACUACCCUCACCAGGCAGGUCGAGGGGGAGCACCGUUUCCGCCACACCACCCCAGUCCUGCCAACUCCUGACGGCUAUGCCCCGAGUUUCAUGUCUGAUCCCCGCUUCCAUCAGUAUGGCGGUGCAGCCUCGCCCGCCGGCCAGUUAGUACCCAAUGGCUACCAUGAUCCCUUUCAGCAAUUUGGCCACCAGAACCCCUUUGCGCCUAAUGGUGCGAACCCCUUCACAGGUCCCCCUGGUGGAGGAGCAGCCGAGCGAGGAGGAUACUUCCCCGAGCAGCAUGGCGGUCAUCCACAACACAGUCACCGACCUGGUCAUGGUCGAGGCAACCGCAACUCAAUGGGAGCCCCACCUGGCCCCGAGGGUGCAAUCAUGCCAUAUGGCGCACAGAUGGGCCAAUACCCGCCAUAUGGAUCGCCAUACGGACACCCUGGACAACCCGGAAUGCACCCUGGUAUGAUGUAUCCUCCUUACGGUUAUCCACCACAGCAACAGUCACCUCCACCGCAACCACAGCGCGCGCCUUCAUCGCGAAAACAGACACCAAGAGCUGAACGCGAACACGAGGAAUCGCAAGCGCCAGCUCCAGCCACAACCCCAGCGCAAAUGGCAAUUCCGCCGCCGGGUUACGAGUUGGUGCCCAUGCGACCACCUCAGCCUCCGCCCAUUCCAUCGCCCCCAGCCGUGGAUACAGCAAAGGAGGACGGCAUGCUUUCGAAACUUGAAAAGCUUCUGCUUCAGAAGGAGGAGGACGAGAAGAACAAGGCAGAGGAAGAGCGCAAGGCCGCAGAGAAUGCCAAGUUCGACCGCCUCGAGAAGAUUCUGCUCUCUCAACAAGAAGCCAAGAUUGAGAAGGAGAAGUUGAAGGCCAAGGCUGCUGAAGAUGCCAAAAAGGCCGCUGCCGAAGCGAAGAAGAAGGGCGACGAAGACAAACUCGAGAAGCUCGAGAAGCUCAUUCUGGCGCAGAAGGACGAACAGCUCAAGCGUGAAGCCGCACUAGAGGCUCAGCGCGCCGCAGACAAGAAGGAGAAAGACGAAGAAGCCGCCAAAGUCGCAGCAGAGAAGCAGGCUGCAGCGGAGAAGGCGAAGUACAUGCUCGACGCUGCAAAAGCUAGAAGGAAGGCAGCAGCUGAGGCUGAAGAGAUCAAGAAGGCGCACGAGAAGGCCGCGGAAGAGGCCAAGCAGGCGCACGAGAAGGCCAUCGCUGAAGCCAAAGCUGCUGCGGAGGAGCUUGAAAAGGCGAAGAAGGCCGCAGAAGAAGAGGCUGCGAGGCUCAAACCAUCAGACGCGCCCAAGGCACCGAUCAAGUUCAAGGACGCAGUUGGCCGUAAAUUCAGUUUCCCAUGGAACUUGUGCAAGACAUGGAAGGGUAUGGAAGAACUCAUCAAGCAAGCCUUCCUCCACGUCGACGUGAUCGGUCCCCAUGUCCACGAAGGUCACUACGAUCUUGUCGGUCCCGACGGUGAGAUCAUCCUCCCGCAGGUCUGGGAGACUAUGAUCCAGCCCGACUGGGCCAUCACGAUGCACAUGUGGCCCAUGCCUGAGCCCCCGCCACCCCCACCAGAGCCAAAGCCCGUGGACCCCUACGCACAGGGCUACCCUCCUCCACCGCCGGACAUGGCCCAGUUCCAUUCACACCACAUGCCCGUUGGGAAGAGCAAGAGCUUGAAGAACAAGGACAAGGUCAAGCUCAAGAGAAGCAGCAUGCCACCUAUGAUGAUGCAUCACGAUCCCCAUGUCGUGCAGGUCCCACCAAUGCCAUCACCUCACGGCGCUGCUCCUCCACCACCACCUCCUCCUCCGCAUCCAGGCAUGCAGGGAGUGCCGCCACCUCCGCCCGCUGUUAUGGUCAUGCCACAACCUAGCCAGCCCAAGCCUCGGAAGAAGUCUGCGCCAGCACCAUUCUUCAGGUGGGCUGCCGGACCCGCAAAGAAGAAGAAAUAG